AUGGCGCACCCGGCGCAGUCGAGUCGCCAGUCCUGGGGGCGCGUGUUAGGUCUGUCCUCGAGAGGCAUCAGCAUAACUGCUCAGCGCUUUUGCGACGUGACGUCGCUGUACUUUGCCCUGGAUGGGUCCAAGCUCCGGCCUAUUCAGGUGCCUUCACCGACUUUCCUGCUGAUAUCGCUCGUUGUCACGAGCUUGCUCAUGGCCAUCACGAUGCGUUCGCAUUGGUACGGCCCCCGGUUGUUUUCCCAUGGCCAAAAUGGGACCGGUCUUCAGAUUCUGGAUGAAGCCUAUCAUCAUUGUCCUGAAAGUUUUCGUUCUUGUCCUGGAUUCCGCAGUCCUACCAGUUGCGCCGCCCAACUGCACGGCUUCUCACGUACACUGUAUACAUAUCCUGCAGGGCUCUGCGGCCAAGGCUGCCGAAGGCGUCGACUUCCCCAAGUAUCCGAAGUCUGGAUCAUGCAAUCAACGGGACCUCAAUGA